AUGCAAGAUCUGGGAUGUGCUUAUGGAUUCUACACUAAUUAUGACGAGACUAUGUUCUUGCAUCAGGUCCUAGUAAACGGGAUGUGGGAGAUUCAAUAUUCUCCGUGUGUGCUCGCCGAGUACUGUUACCAGGAGACGAGUCUAUUGACCCCAUCAAUUAUGUCCGUCAAACAGUGUUUUCUGUACGUUGCUUCUCUCGCUAGACAGUAA